CGUCGUAUACCCAGAAGCUUUUUUAAGCUCAAAGUUCCCUCGCUCUUGACCUUCAUCUUUCUGCAAGAGGUCGAUGACAACCAGGCGAACAUGAUACCCUCACGGCUGCUCACAUCAAGACUGCCUCAGUCGUCGCCCUCCGUGGCGCUGGAAAAGGGCGCAUACCGCAUGCGCAGCCCUACAAACCUCACCCGACCUCGCGCACAGUCUGCCCCUACGCGCCCACCCCACAUGCGGCGAGAUCGCGACACCGACCGCAAGAACGCCUACCUCGCCAUUCUCAUCGUGCUCCUCGCUAUCGCCUGCCUCGGCUCCUUCGGCGCCGCCUACUACCUCUUCUCGACAAGGUGGGCAGCACCCCCACCCCGCUCUCCCUCCGCCCUCGCUCCUGCUGACGCCGCCGCCCAAGUCAUCGCAUACACCACCCCAAGCCCGCUCACCCGUGAGCCCGGCGAGAAGUACCUAUCGUACCUACCGCAUAGUGGCUUCCACAAUCAACGCAUUGCUUUCGAGAACGCGCUCGUGCUCGCCCGACUGCUCAAUCGCACGCUGCUCGCGCCACCCGCGCGCCUGGGGGCGCCGCUGCGCUACGUCAAGUACGCCAACCUCGUACGCCACCUGGCGCUUUCGGAUAAGGAGGGGUUGAGGCACUGCGCCAUGGUGCCCGAGAGCAUCCCGCUCCCGCUAGAAUGCAUCGGCUACGACACAUACACCUUGGUUCCCUGGGGCUGGCUCGUCGACCUCCGUGGGAUCUCGCAGAAGCAAAAGAUCAUCUACCGCUGGAAUAUGUCCGAGUACUACGUCCCCGAAGCCCUCGAUCUUGCACCCUCCGACAUCCUCCCGCUCCAUGAGAACGAUGUCUACCAAUAUCGCUUCGUCGACACCCUCACCAACCUUUCGCCCUCUAGCAGCAAGUUCGCCGAAAAUCUCUACAUUGCCGACCUUGCUCGCGCCCCGGAAACUGUUCUCGAACUCGGCACUCUCUUUGGCUCCUCGCGCAUCCGCCUCCGUGACCCCGCCAACCUGCGCCUCCGCCGCGACAUCCGCGGUAGCAUGCCUUUUGCGAGCCCCGAGCUCCUGCGCACCGUGCACGCCAUCACUCGUCGUCUCGGCCGGGACUUCGUCGGCGUACACGUCCGGCUGAGCGACGGCGUCUUCAAGGAGAAGCGCGCGACCCUCGCCCGCGAUAUCUGGCGCGACCUCGUUUACAAUGUUAGCAGCGCCCUUGACGACUCAACCUUCUCGCAACUCGAGAACAUCGCCUGGUCGCCGACGCACGCUACACGUACCGGCAAUCCAGCCUUCCGGCGCUCGCCUUGCCGUCGCUGGCCGCACCCUAAGGACCUGCGCAAGUACAACGUACCCGUCUUUCUGUCUACCGAUAUCCCCGAUCCGGAGAACGACCCUGACCUCGCGGGCUUCUUCCGCACGUUCCCCUGCACGCACCUUCUGGGCGACUACGAGGCGGAGCUGGCUGGACUCCGGCGAUUGAAGAACGGCUACGACGGACUGGCGAUGGAGCCUUUCCUGCUGCCCUUCCUAGACGCGAUGAUUGUGGGGCAGGCGAAGGUGGCGGUGGGGACGGAGGGGAGCACGUUCAGCCGGUUCAUACUGGAUGUGCUGUGGAGGGUGAAUCAUGGGCUGGAGAUUGAGCAAAGAGGCUGAGUAUAUGGAUAAUGUACUGAUACAAGAGAAGGGGCCAUGGGAUAGAGAUACUGUACAUUUAUGACGGCGCAGGCCUUGGGGGACAGAGAGAAUAGUUAUUCAGGCCCGCCUGACGCGCAGCGGCAUUCCGUCCUUCGGUUUCAUCGUCACUGCUGCAGUCGGCUGCGGUACCUGCCCUUCGCACGCGGGCUCGAACUCGAAUUGGGCAACGAGGGCUCUGUGGAAUGUCGUCAGUAGCUGGACCACAACAUUGUCAGCAAGAACAUCGAGCUAGACAAGCACGACGUCCAGCUGGGCAGUAGGACUACAACAACGUCGAACUUGACAACCACAAGAUCAAGCUGGACGACCGCAACGUCGAGAGCCGCACACAAGCAAGCUCAAGCCAAAUGGAGA